CCGCGGAUGCUACUCUGUUAGCCAGGUAUCUAAUGGUAAUUAGCACCUGAGCUAGCACAUCCCGGAAGUGUUUUUGAACGUUUUGACCAUUUUGUGUGUACGGACACGAUGCUACGAGCGUCACUUCCUCGGGCAGUGCACGCAGCUAAGUGCUACAUGCUAACGGGGAGCUAGCUAGCCUCUUGUUUUUGUGCUUGUUUCUUGUGUUCAUGUCUGUAAGAAAUGAGGGUCGAAGGGAGAAAAUUAGUGAUGCACCGAAAUUAGAAUUCUUGGCCAAAACUGACAAUGAAACAAAAAAACAAGGCCGAAGUCACAAGAAAUGAUUAGUAGAAUUGCAUUUAUGACUGUGACUGCAGAGCUGCCAACCAAGAGAAAUUUUCACUUCCAGAACAAUUUGUCUGAAUUUCUAUAUUUUUAAAAAUUAUGUCCAGAAAAUUACCACGGGACAAUUAUUACAGUAUAUUAUUUAAUAGGAUACAAAAAAAUCAAUGCUCAACAUAAUCAUUACUCUAUAAUCCUAAUAGUUAAUAAAUGAUGGCUUCAGUUUGCUAUUUGAAAUGUUAGAGUGCAAAGAUUUCCACCAUUUUCUCGAUACCUCUGGACGGCCAUAACUGCCAUUUUGAGGUUGUUCUAUUAUAGCAUUUUAAUCGAUGAGUCACAAUGUCGAGCGGUCGGGCGAGGCGAUGUUCGGCUGUGACGCAACAAAUGGCAAACCUUCCGUUCUUUCGUUCUUGGCACACACGUUCGGUUUAUUGCAGCAUAUUUUUAUUUUGUGGCAGCUGGUUAUAAUAAUGGUGUGGGCUGCGAUAAGAGUUACUUCAGGCUUCCACGCAAUAAACAAAACGUCGCGAAUCAACAGGUGGGGAAGCUGCACAUCUCGUACAAGGCUGCCUAGCAGAAGGGGAGUUUACACGGAGUCGUGUAUUCCGAUCCAAAUCGGUUCAGAAGACCGAACCGAAUGAAAAUGCUCCAUAGAAACACCUCAAUCGGAAUAAACAGGCCGAGUACCAAUGGAAUUUAAUUCGGUUUCACAGAGGUGGAAUGUUCCCUUUGCCAAACCCAUCCGAAGUCCAUUUUGGUCCUGUCAACUGUGAAUGGGAAUGGUGUCGGGCCAGUGUUUGACCUAGAUUGAAAAUUGACUUGUGGUGGUGGGCAGGGUGGCGCCGUGGUGUUUGAUGAGCGCACAUACAAUACAAUAAUAACUCGGGUGUGGAAAUCGGUCCGCUGUAAGCAAAAAAACCAGUAUGGGAUCGGACUGGAUCGAAAUUCUUCGAUUUGACCGCUCUUGUAGUGUACAAGCGGUGCAUUCCACGCGCCGCUCCAGGUGGUCACGACAACAGCUUGCUAAGACGCUAACAUAGUAGCAAGCAGGAAGAACAAAUGUUGCUUGCUUUAAGUUGAAGUUCACUGUAAAACUAAACACACAUACCAAAAGAAUUAGGCCUAUUAUCCAUCCAUUCAUCCAUUUUACAUACUGCUUCUCCUCAUGAGGUUGCUGUCGCCUAUCCCAUCUGACUCUGGGUGAGAGGCAGGGUACACCCUGAACUGGUCGCCAGUUACGACCAGUUAAAUGUUCAAAUACAUCACAGACUAUGUUUCUCUCUUUGUUUUUGUUCACAAAAAUUGCUAUCUUAAAGCUGACACAGUGAAACGAGAAACACCAUUGACAAGCUAACAAAGAUUAACAUUGAACUUGCGGCACUUGUAUUUCUCAAAAUAAUGAAUAUUAGUACACAAACGCUGUAUGAACACAUACAAACAGGCUAUAACAAUACCCUUUGGCAUAUAUUCUUCAAAUUAUGUGGAAAAACGAGUUCUAUUAACAAUAUUGGAUCGUGACUUCUACUUUCUUUGUUACUGCAAGUGUGUAUCUCAUUGUGUGUGUUCACCACACUGCCCCUCAGAGGCCAAGACGUGCACAGCAGGAACAGCCGUUGUCAAUAAAACUAAACCAGUUGGGGAAAAAAAAAAUAUAUAUAUAUAAAACUAGAUCGUGACAGCCCUAAACACAGUGCAUGUUUUUUUUUACAUUAGUAAUUCAUUUUGUACAUGAUGUUACUCAUUUUCACUCAAGUUAAUUGCUUUAAAAAGAAUGUGCUCAAAUUAUACUUUAAUGUAAUUAUAUCAGCAGCGUAAAACAACAUCAUCAUCAUCAUCAAUAAUAUCGUGUAUCAUGAUAGUUUCUGGGAAAAUAUAUCAUCCUAAAAAUGUGUUGUAGUGAAUGGCCAAGGCCCAUCAGAUUGACAGGAGAAAAUACUGGAUGAUAAACUGAAAAUAACACUUGACAACUUCUUCGAGAAGAAGGUUCAAUUAAUGGCUGUUAAGUUAAGAAAGUCCUAACCAAUGCUAUGUUACGGGGCACUUUUCAGUAAAUUACCCAACUUGUGGAAUUAUACUUCAAAAUAUUUUGACCAGAAAAUUUGUUCAUCAUUAACCAGUCAAUAUUGCCUUAAAAGACAGGUAGCUAUCUUUUUUUUCUUCUGCAAAACUGCAGUGUCGAAUGCGAUGCGGUCGAAAAAUAGAGCGCGCCUAACUUUUGUGCUGGUGCACCCAAGAAAAAAAAUUGGGUGCAGCAGUGCAACCAAUGCAAGAAGUUAGUCUAGAGCCCUGAUUGGCCGGGAUUAUGCCCUGCACAGUAAAAGUUUAUGAAUACCAUUAGCAGUUACAGUUUAAACCAAAAUUGGUGGUAGAGAGAGAACCCCGCAGUGGUUACAGAAAUGACUUGAAUCUGACAAAAAUAAUAAAUACAAAUCUACCAAUGAAAAGCCGACAUUGCUUUUGAAUUGCGCUUCCCCUCGAAAAGAUUGAAAAGGAUCUGACCAUAGGGACAUGUUCAAACAAGGCCGGGCUUGAGAUUGCGACCCAAGUGUUCGCAUACGCGACCCUUUUUUUCAGCGUGCGCGAGUAAAAAUUUCCUGCGUGAGUGCAUGUUUUAAUGCUCCUUCAACACAGUGUCACGAUAUUUGACAUAGUGGUUGAAAGUCGCCAUCUCUUUCACUGCUUUAGUCAAUCUCCUCCACCCGCACGUGCUCCUUUCUGAAGAAAGAGCGCCUCGUUGUUAUGAACCGCCGACGGGCGCGCGCGUUCAGCCCCCUCGCCACGGCCAGAGGGAGCCCCGCGUGCCGGAGCGGUGGUGCUGUUGACGAGGGCGCAGAUAGCACUGGUAACCACUCAGAUUCAUAAUGACAUGACAUGGAUCCGUCCUCUCCAACAACACAAACAAAGUAACCAUUGACGCAGCCAUAUGUAACCUUACUUCUACUUAGCUAGAUAAGUCCUGCGUACAGUCAUGCUCACCAUUCUUGGCACCCUUGAAGUUUAAGUACUAAAUGUGGAAUAUCUCCUGAAGGAAAUGAAUCGAGUUAGAGAGAACUUGUUUGAUACAAAAGAGCAAAUGAUAAACCACAUUUUCCGGACAGAUGAAACAAAAGUAGAGCUUUUUGGCAAUGCACGCAAACAGAAUGUUUACAGGUGGCGCAAUGAAGACUUUAUGGAAAAGAACACGCUGCCAACAAUCCAGCAUGGUGGAGGAUCCAAAAGGCUGUGGGGCUGCUUUUCUGCAUCUGGUACUGGAAGGCUUGACUGUCAUCACAGGUGUCAUGAAAUCAGAAAAUGAUCAACGCACUUUAGAGCAAAAUGUCUUACCCAGUGUAAGAGAAUACAGUUUGAGGCGAAGAUCUCUGGUCCUCCAGCAUGGCAAAGACCCAAAAGGACAAAAACGGGCUGUUUUCAAAUGGCCAGCAAUGAGUCCUGAUCUCAAACCAAAUUGAAAAUCUUUGGGGGGAGCCGAAAUCUGCCAUUGGGGAAAAGAACUUUGCUACUACUACCUUUAAACGUGUCGGCCCCUGUUCUCAUGUGACGUAGCAGCGACAUCCUAAUUCAUGUUCAGUUUCCGCUUCCGGUCCUGUCUGGCUGUGUAGCUUAGCAAUUAGCAUGGCGUCUCUGUCUUUCUCCUGUUAAUGACUCCUUGUCCUCCCUUGGUGCUCCCGAUACUUGUCACAAGUGUAGCUUAUUCUCUGCCAUGGAGGUGAUGAUUAGGGACUUAUGCUGGGUUGACAACAGGCACCUAGCAAACAUUCCCCUCUGCGUCGUGUUAAGCCGCGCGGCGCAAAAUAGCGUGCAACAUGUAUUCCCGGAUACUAACAGCAGAAAGUGAGGUUGGGCCACUGUUCAAUGUGGACCCGACGGUUUUUGUUUUUCAAUAUAGUGUACACGACCGCACGCUGGCCACGGUUUUUGCUUGUGUUAUGACAACAUCCUGUUUCGACCGUUUUAUUUCAGUGACAAUAAAGUUUCGGUCCGAAACCGAAAUGCACGUUUGGACCACUUUUGGCGCAAAAAUGUCUGUGGCUGAAAAUUUUGAUGCAUCACGAGAGAAAAUGAAGAAAGGAAUGAGGGAAAGAAGUAACGUUUGAAGCUAGGAUGGAAGGAAAUAUGGUGGGGGUUGGGGGGGGCGAGUGAAUGAAGGAUAGAACAAGGGGGGAAAGCAAGGAAAGAGGAAGAUGCGGAAGGAAGGAAAGUAGGGAGCAGGCAAGGAAGGAAAGGAGGAGCAACGGAGUGAAGAAAAUAUGGGCGGAAGAGACUGGAGAAAGGAAGAGGGGAAUGAAGGGAAAGGAAGAGAGGAAAGAUAUAAACGGGAAGGGAAGGAAGGAAAUAAAAACAAAGGAAAGAGGGAAGAAAAAUCGUAAGAAAGGAAGGAAAUGAGGAUCCCAAGAGAAAGAAAGGAGGAAAGAAUGUCUGAACUUUCCCCGAAGCUCACAUUGCAAAGCAUGUGAUGCUGACAUCCAAUAAUAAUCACAGCUCCCUAGCAGCGUGUCACUUGCGGCUGAUUGCCAAAUCGUGAGUGUACUUCUCGAACUUUGAACCCUGCAGGUCGCCUCCUGCUGGCGAGGCCUCUCGCGCUCCACCGGUGAAACAUGUGACGAGCUAUCAAUCGCACCGGGCCACACCUCCCUGCACCAUCAGCCAAUCAGAGCGCCAUCUGGAGGGCCGCCAUGCACGUGAAACUGCUGCGCUCUGAGCUGCGCGUGGACGUGUCAGGGUUUCACGCGGCGGGGGCGGCGCCCGAGUACAUCAAAGGCAGACGCCGCCCCCUCGGCGUCAUCGCCGCCAACACGCUGCGGACGCCGCCCUGUCCACCGCCUUUGUGUUGUCUGGCCAAGGAUACCACCGCCCUGCCGGACAUGUGGGCCAUCAUCAAGCCGGGGCACGUCCGCGAGAAGAUCGCCAUCUUCGCUCCGGAGUCUAGGCAAACGGGUUCCUCUAUGGGCGACCCCCCUACCGUAAACCACGCCCCCUCGUUGCGGGCCGGGAAGGUGAAGGGUAGCUGGGGGCAAAGUGGCGACGCCAAGCGCCGGAAGAGGUCUGCGGGCAAACAAAACCUCCAGCGGGACCCGGGUACGCUGCCUGGACACAGACUGCCCCCCUGCGCCUCCACCCAGACUCCAGCAGUUGGUGAGAUGGAGGGGGCAGAGCAGAAGGUGUCGGUGGGCGCCAUUGUGGCGUUCCUGGAGGAGUGCCGCGCCAGCCAACAUCACGCCAAGCUCGCUAUCGCCAGAACGCCGUCUCUGGAGGAGCCAGAGAGCGUGCGGGUGUCGGAUGUGGUCGCCAAGCUCGAGUUUCUGCAGCGACGGAGCGAGGGGGGCGCUCCUACAAACUUGAGGAGGUCGGCGGGGCGCGUCCUGCUCGCCGCCAGUCCCGCCUUGACCCCGCUGCCACCGCCAUCACGUCUACCUUCCGCUCGAGAUGGCGGCCCAACGCCAAUCGGAUGGUCCCGGUCGCCCCCCUCAUGUGGCACCGCAGCUCCCGAGACGCCGCCCUCGCUUGACGAAACGGAGCCUCGCCCUGGCUUGUUGUUUCUGUCUGCACCGUCGCUGCCUCCGCCCGCCAUCCGAUCAGACGAGUCGUCCAAGGUGUCUGAUGACUUCCUGGAGCAGAAGCGGCAGUUGCACGAGCUCCUGAAGCCGCCGCCCAAUCUCGCCGCCCCGCUGCUUGCCACGUUACCCCAGGACGUGCUGGUGUGCGUCUUCGCGCUGCUGCCCACCUGCACCCUGGCGGCCCUCAAGUGCACGUGUCGCUAUUUCAAGUUCAUCAUCGAGGACUACGGCGUCCGACCCGCCGACUCUCUGUGGGUGUCGGAGCCCCGUUACCGCGACGACCCCUGCAAGCGGUGCAAGCGGCGCUACGCCCGCGGCGACGUUUCCCUGUGCCGUUGGCACCGCAAGCCGUACUGCCAGCCGCUACCCUACGGCCCCGGGUUCUGGAUGUGCUGCCACAGCCCGUGCAGGGACGCCCCCGGGUGCAACGUGGGUCUCCACGACAACCGCUGGGUACCAGCCUUCGACAGCAUCAGCGUCCCCGUCUGCCGCAGGGAUGCCGAUGACUGAGCUGCACGUGAAAAAAUCGUUUUAACUUUUUGGGAACUUGCUGAUGGUCGCCCCCCCCCUCCAACGCCCUCCCUUGGCCGCCACCCGUUGUUUCUUGGCUGAGGAAGGAGUCCCGGACAGGACUCUUCUCCACCGGGUGGCGCCCGGACCGGUGGGUCCCGUCCCGGCUAGGGAGCGUCGGGGUGUGUACAUUGUAAAUAAAUAAGAGAUUUUAGACAACAACAACAACAAAAAAGAGUUUGCUUUAAAUAAAGAGCUUUUCUUCA